UUGACGAAGGGGCAGCUGCCUCGUCUUUCUACCACUCAAAUAUCAAGCUCUUGGCAAGCCUCCUGCACUUCCCAAGCAAUGGCUUUCCACAAGUCUGGCUCUCUCCAGAUCCUAAUGCUCUUUCAGUUGUUAUCCCUCCUGAUCCCCCCUGUAAGCCCACUCUCUUUCAACUUCUCUGGCAAUAACUCAUAUAAACCGAACUUAAGCUUCAACGGCGACGCCUAUUUGGCCGGCAGCAUCGUCCAACUGACCCAGAAUCAGCAGGGCGCUAACCUUCGCAGUAGCGUUGGAAGCGCCACAUAUUCUGAAUCGGUGCCCCUCUGGGACAAGGAUUCAGGAACGGUUGCCGACUUCACAACAAAUUUCAGAUUUGCAAUCAACGGCUUUGGCCAAAAGGUAAGUGCCGAUGGGCUUGCUUUCUUCCUCUCACCCUUCCCUUUUGUACAGGACCCACCGACGUCGUCCGGUGCAAAGCUCGGACUAUUUAAAAAUAACGGCAAUAUAACUGAUGAGAACAAGGUCGUGGCUGUCGAAUUUGAUAGCUACUGGAACCCUGAAGUUGGCGACGUGAGCGCGAACCAUGUGGGCAUUGAUAUUUGGUCGAUUUUUUCCAAAACACAAGCGGACUUGAAUGCUAGCAUCAGAGAGAAUGUACAAUUCAUUGCAUCCAUUAGAUACAAUGCUGUUACUCAAAAUUUGAGCGUCUUCCUCAGUAAAGCUUCAGAUCCUCCGAGGAAUUGGAGCCUGUUUUAUGUUGUGGACUUGAGGGAAUUCCUGCCUGAGAAUGUAUCCGUUGGUUUCUCAGCUUCCACUGGGACUCUUUAUGAGUCGCAUAGCAUCUAUUCUUGGGAUUUCAUCUCCUCCAAUUUGAGUUCUCAAGAUCUUCCUCCCAGUCCUGAACCUAGUCCAACUGAUGAAACUUUUGACGCAAAGAAGAAGAGCAAGAUGAAAGAGGUGGCGCUUGCUGUUUGUAUUGGGAUCUUGCCAUGUGGGCUGGUUUUGGUUGGGUCCGUAAUAUGUUAUAAGAGGGCGUGUGGAGGGAUGAAAGAAGAAGAAGAGAUGGCUCUCGAGAAAGGUGGCGGCCCUAAGAAAUUUUCUUACAGUGAAGAAGAAGAAGAGAUGGCUCUCGAGAUAGGUGGCGGCCCUAAGAAAUUUUCUUACAGUGAACUCGUGAUUGCAACCGGAGAUUUUGAUGAGGAGGCAAAGCUUGGGGAAGGAGGUUUCGGGAAGGUUUACAAGGGAGUGUUGCAUGAUCCGGAGCAAGAAGUGGCAAUCAAAAGGAUUUCUAGAGAUUCUAAGCAAGGGAAGAAGGAGUACACAUCGGAAGUCACGAUUAUAAGCCGGCUGAGGCAUCGCAAUCUUGUGCAACUCAUUGGCUAUUGCCAUGAAAGAAAUGAUUUGUUACUUGUCUAUGAGUACAUGUCUAACAAAAGCCUCGAUUACCAUCUAUACAGCGAGGAGAGACUGCUAACAUGGCCGGAGAGGUACGAGAUUGCAUUCGGCUUGGCCUCGGUACUGCUCUAUCUUCACGAAGAGUGGGAGCAGUGCGUGAUCCAUAGAGAUGUCAAGCCAAGCAACGUAAUGCUGGAUUCAGAGUUCAAAGCUAAGCUUGGUGAUUUUGGGCUGGCAAGGCUUGUGGAUCAUGAUAGCGACAUGCAAACAACAGUUAUGGCCGGGACCAGGGGAUACAUCGCACCUGAAUAUGCCACUACAGGGAAAGCUCGUAAAGAAUCAGAUGUAUACAGCUUUGGAGUUGUUAUGCUAGAAAUUGCAUGUGGUAGAAAAUCAAUUGAUUUAAAAGAGAAGGAAGACAAGGUGAAUUUGGUAAAGUGGGUUUGGGAGCUUUAUGGCAAAAAUAUGUGUUUAAUAGCAGUGGAUAAAAGAUUAAGGAUGGAAUUCGAUGAGAGACAAAUGGAGCGCUUCAUGAUUAUAGGGUUAUAUUGUACCCAUCCAGAUUAUAAUUCGAGACCAUCAAUAAGACAAGUAAUUAAUGUUCUCAAAUGUAAUGCUCCACUACCUGAUCCACCACAAAAGAUGCCUGUAGCAAGAUAUAUACCUCCCAUGGAUACUUCUAACUUAAUCCCAUCAUCAUCAUCAUCAUCAUCAUCUGGCAGAUAUUCAAUUAACUCUAAAGUUCCAACUCAAAUAUGA